UUUUUUUUUAUUGUUCUUUGAACAUCUACAGAAAGCUGCCACAACAUUGCCAGGAUUGAUUCGGCAGUUACAAAUAAAUCUUAGUUAGAAGGCAACUGGUUAUCACAUGUGGAAUCUAGAAAUAAGAUUCUAUCUGCUGGACUAUAGUCUAUGUUUAUAGACUAAACUUUCUCUUGGCUCUAUUCCUUUUAUAUCUUAUUUUCCAUUUGCCUGAAUUUUAAUUUCAACAUAAUUGUUAUAUCUAUCUAUAUAGAUAUGUAUAGAUAUAUAUUUACCUGUGUUCAAAAAAUUAUUUCUCGGCAUUUAGGGGACGAUACAGCUGGCAGGUGGUGUCAUUUUAUCCUUCACUUAAGAGACAGGAAGGAGUUCAGGACAAACCAAAGGUGACAUUUGUUGACAAGCAUUACAGUCCUCCAACAGCGGAGAGGCCUCCAGAGCCAGGGAGACCAUUGUCUCUAAAGGAGUUGGGGUUUUUAUUUGGCUUCAUGGGUCAAACCUAGUUAUUUCUCUUUCCUCCCUGUAUUCAUUGGUCCACAGGUGUCUGUAUUUCUCUUCUAUCACACACAACUUACACGGCAGGUGAUCCUAAGGAAAAUAACAAACCGGGAAGGCCCUCCCUUCGUGCUGCCAACAAGCUAUUUGAGACUAACAAACAACACACUUAAAUGCAGAAGUCCAGCUCUUACCAGUUCCCUGCUGGGGAUGAUCAGAAUAUAGUGGCUGUGUAGCCCCCUCUGUAAAGGAUUAGGUCUAGUGAUCUCCAUUUCCACAUAUUCACUGGUUUACCUACCCUGCGGCCUCCCUACCUUUCAUUUCCAUCCUCUUCAAAGGAAGCGUCGGCGUUAUACCAAAAGAAAUCAGCAUAUUCCAAGUAGCAUCCAGUGUUAAUAGGCAGAAAUUAAAUAUCUAUCUUCAAGUUUCUAGUUAGGUGCGGAAGUGCAUAACUUUGGAGACGAUGUUGGUGCUAAACUGCUCCACCAAAUUACUUGUACUGGAGAAAAUGUUGAAGAGUCACUUUCCUGAAUCACUCAAGGUUUAUGGAGCGGUGAUGAACAUAAAUCGUGGAAAUCCCUUUCAAAAGGAAGUAAUAUUGGACUCAUGGCCGGACUUCAAAGCUGUCAUCACCCGGCGACAGAGAGAGGCUGAGACAGAUAACCUUGACCAUUACACUAAUGCAUAUGCUGUGUUCUACAAGGAUGUCAGAGCUUACCAGCAGCUAUUGGAAGAUCAUGAUGUUAUUAACUGGGACCAAGUUUUUCAAAUACAAGGGCUGCAAAGUGAAUUACAUGCUGUUUCCAAAGCCGUUGCCAAUGCAAAGCUGUUGGAUUUGGAUAUAAAGCUGACUUCCUUCAAGGCUGUCCAUUUUUCUCCUGUUUCAUCUGUGCCAGACCACGGUUUCCUAGCUGGGCCUUCCCCGAGACUGACCUACCUAAGUGUCUCAGAUGCUGAUCUCCUCAACCGGACUUGGUCACGUGGCGGCAACCAGCAGUGCCUCCGAUACCUAGCCAAACUCAUCGCCUGCUUUCCCAGCGUGUGUGUGCGUGAUGAGAAAGGAAACCCAGUGUCCUGGGGUAUCACAGACCAGUUCGCCACCAUGUGUCAUGGCUACACCCUACCUGACCAUCGCAGGAAAGGUUACAGCCGACUGGUGGCCCUCACACUGGCCAGGAAGUUGCAAAGCCGUGGAUUCCCCUCCCAGGGAAACGUCCUGGAUGACAACGUGGCCUCUAUAAACCUCCUAAAGAGUGUCCAUGCUGAGUUCUUGCCUUGUCGUUUCCACAGGCUUAUUCUCACCCCUGCGUCUUUCUCUAGACAAGCUCACCUUUAG